CCAGGGGUGAGGAGAAGCCCCGGAGGAAGUGGUGUGGCCGUGGCUCCUGGAGCCUCCAACACCUGCCCAAUCAGGCCAGCUAAUUUUAUUGGUCUCCAGUCUACUUUUCCAAGAGGCCAUGGAAGUAUAAAUAAUAAAGCAAGGAAAUCGCAUCCGUUGGCUGGCUCCGUGGACUUCUGAAUGUGCUGACAAUCUCCAAGGAAAAUGAACCCCACGCUGGGCCUAGGCCUGCUUCUGGCUGGCCUCCUCACCGUGGAAGGUGUUCUGAAGCCCAGCUUCUCUCCCAAGAAUUAUGAAGCUGUGAGCCAGGACCAAGCAUGGAGAAGAAGGGCAGCUCAGGAGAUAGCAAAGCGAAAUGCAGACUUUGGCUUCAAGCUAUACAAGAAGCUGUCUUCCAACAGCCCUGACAAGAACAUCUUCUUCUCUCCCUGGAGCAUCGCUAUGGCCUUCUCCAUGCUGUCCAUUGGUGCCCAAGACUCCACCCUGGCCGAGAUCAAACAGGGCUUCAACUUCCAGAAUAUGCCAGAGAAAGACCUUCAUGAAGGCUUCCAUUACCUUAUCCAGAGGCUGAACCAGGAGAACCAGGACCGUAAGCUGGGCGUCGGGAAUGCCUUGUUCAUUGACCAGAAGCUAAAGCCAUCGAAGAAGUUUCUGACAGAUGUCAAGAACCUGUAUGAGGCAGACACUGUCCCCACCAACUUUCAGAAUUUGGAAGAUGCUCAGAAUCGAAUCAAUGACUACGUCAGUCAGAAAACCCACAGGAAAAUCAAUGACUUGGUCAAGAAUAUAGACCCUGGCACUGUGAUGAUUCUUAUAAAUUAUGUUUUCUUUCGAGCCAGGUGGCAACAUGAGUUUGAUCCGAAAUCAACUAAAGAGGAAGACUUCAUUCUGGACAGAAACAAGGCAGUGAAGGUGCCCAUGAUGUUCCACGGGGGCAUGUAUGAGGCUGGCCACGAUGACCAGCUCUCCUGCACUGUCCUGGAAAUGCCCUACCAGGGCAACAUCACAGCCAUCUUCGUUCUUCCUGAUGAGGGCAAAAUGAAGCAAGUGGAGGAAGCCUUGGGGUUGGACACUUUUUUCAGAUGGAAAAAAUUACUCUCUCCAAGGGUGGUGGAUGUGUUCGUGCCCAGGUUGUCCAUCACGGGCAGCUACGACCUGAAGAAGAUGCUCUCCUACCUGGGUGUCACUAAAAUCUUUGAGGAACGCGGCGAUCUCACCAGGAUCUCCCCCUAUGAAAAUCUGAAAGUGAGCGAGGCGAUGCACCAGGCUACCCUGAAGAUGGACGAGAAGGGCACGGAGGGGGCAGCGGGCUCCGGAGCGCAGACCCUGCCCAUGGAGGCACCGUUAAGGGUCAAGAUGAACAGAAGCUUUCUGCUGCUGAUUCUCGAGAGGUUGAAUAACCUGCUCUUCUUAGCAAAGAUUGCGAAUCCUUCUGGGAAAUAAGGAGACAUCUGGCUUGCUGCAGACCUCCACCAGGGCCUGGGGUGGAAUAUGUUUUGUCUCCCUGGGUUUGAGACCACAGGGACUUUCUCAUCUAAUCUCCCUUAAUCAUAAGCUCCCAAACCACUGUCCAAGCAGGCAGCACCACCGGCUCUCAGGGCUUCUGUGCACCAUUCUUCUCCCUUGGCCCCCUCUCUGCCCACUCAGAUGUCAGACUCCCCACCCCUACCCACUUGAUGGUGAUUUCUCCCCCUGGCAGGCAGAAGGGCUUUGUGAUUUAAUAAACAACACCCACAAGGUCUGCUGACUGUCAGUGGAUAAUUUGGGAAAGCUGUGAGCCAAGGAGAGUACCUGGGGCUCCUAGUGGGAGAGACUUGGGUUCAAAUCUUAGAAACCAAGUGUUUGGGAAAGCCAUACCCUCUCUAGGACUCUAGUUCCCUAUAGAAAUAGACAAAGAUUCAGGACAUGAAUACCACACACUGGGGAGAGUCAGGACAUGAGUGAUGCUCCCCCACACCGGGGCUCUGAGGAAACUAGCCUUGGCCUUGGGUCUUUGGCAGGUAAGUUACACAGAUACCUACCCUCCAGCGUCCACGUGGGAGCUCUGAGCUCAGCUAAGCAUCAAGGCGGAUGGCAAAACGGAAGUGGGCUAGUCCAGCGUUAGACGGAUGCAACCUAGAAUAGCGGGCACCAGGACUCAAUGCUAGGUUUUCUGCCUCCAGAGUCACUAUUUUGGGCACAAAAUGAAGAGCCUGGCAUUUGAACCGUCAGCAACUUGGUUGAAGAGUGAAUGGGGUCUCUGAGCCUGGCCCAGAAAGCAUGGCCCUGCAGGGUCUGCCUGUGACCACCAGGGGGCACCAGUGUUCACAGGGCUAAGAUUACACGUGUGGGGCUUCUUUAAGUACCUUGAUUCCUUUGCCUCCUGCUGUGAAUUGCCUGUGCUAAUGGGUAAGGUGUUUUGGGAGGAGGGGAUCUUCAGUGGCUUGGCCCUAAGAAGCCCGAGCUGGCGCCAACUGCCAUCCCCUGGACGUGCCUAGCAACUCACAGCUCUGUGUGCCUUUUGUGUUCUGGUCACAGCAGCCCCAUGGGCAGCCAGAAUGGACGUUCAUAUGACAGAUGUGGAAAGUGAGGCUCAGAGAGGUGAAGUGACUCCCCUGUGUCCUCGUGGUUAGCCACAGUCAGCACACAGCGGUAGCAUCUGGUUUGGGGCAGGAAGGGAGGCAUUCCACAUAGACCUGGGGGCCCGCUAGUCACUCCUCAGCUCCACUCCAAGGUAAGAGAGCUGCCCUGUCCACUUUAGCAGGUGUGUAUUCAGUAAGUGCUUCCUUCUCCACCUCCUCCAUCCUAGGCACCCUCAGGGCCCUGGAGACCCCACCCCCACACUGGCUGGUGGGGAAGGCAGCCUGGAGAGGGUUAAGGCUGGUAGAGGAUGCUAAGUGCUAAGAUCGGGGAGCACCAGAGUGAGUAACCCGUCUUUGAGGGUGGAGGAGGGCAAGAAGAUUGAUAUCCUGCACCAAGGACACAGAUAUGGGAGCAGAAAACUGGGAACCCCUGUAGAGCACUUUGCAGACCAUCACCACUUCCGUGGCACCAGCCUUGGGGGUGGGAGGGCAACCAGAUGAACACAGGAACCCUCAGGAGGCAGCUCAGAUCCACAACAUAUGCCACUGGUAACAUGGGACAAGCGGGUAAACCACUUAGUAGCUGGAUGACUUGGGCAUGUCAUUUAAAGCCUCUGAGCCUCAGUGCCCUCUCAUUUGUUAAAAGGUGCUAUCCUUGCUACCAGGUGUGCUCGUCUCCUGCCUAACAAGCUCCUACUCAUCCUUCAGUGCCCAGUCCAUUAUGACCUCUUUAUGAAAUGUUCUCUUCCUUUCCAACAUCUUUCCUAGCAGCCCUUUAAUAAAGCACUCAUCUCCAUGCAUUGUGAUGACUCCUGGGUCUAAAUUUUCCCUGCAAUCAAUUUUGUAUUAAACAAUGACUUAUGGGGCAGCAACCUCUGGGCUAGUACAAACAGACCUGCCCCUUGCCUUAAUGGAGUUAAUAUCCAGGGGGAGAAAGAGCCACGAAUUGAAUAACAAUGCACAUAAAUUUAUGAUCGCAAGCUCCAGUGAACACGAUGAAAGGCAGCUACGAGUGCUUUGAGAGUGUAUAACAGGGGGGUCUGACCCAAGCUGGGGGCUCCAGCAAGGCUUCCCUGGUGACAAGACAACUGCAAAAAGCUCUGAAUGCUGGGAGUAUAUCUGUUUUUUAAUUGUAGUUAUUAAUUAAAA